GGGCAAACAAACGCGCGCCCGCGAGCGCUCCGGUAAGGUGAAGUUCAGUUAAAGUAAAACUUUUCAGCUCGCGAGGAAAAUGUCCGUGAGCUUCCUGCUGGACGCGGCCAUGUACGGCAACUCCGCGAGACACCUGAACCUCAGCCAGCCUCACCUGAACGUCUACCCUUCUGCCCCGUACCCGGACUACAGCGGAUACCACCCGGGUCCGGUCCUCGGGAAUGACCUGCAUCACAACGGCAGCUCGUGGAGUCCCGGGUUCGACCCGGUUUCGCGCGAGGACUGGCCGCCGCUAUAUGGUCACGGGACGGGCCACUCGCUCCCGGCGAACGGCGUGGAGGUCAGCGUGAUUCCGCCCGUGGACCAGGGUCUUCUGAGCGGCGCGGUGGAGAGAGAAGAGCCGCUGGACUGGAUGAGACGCACCACGGCUCCCGCGAACCUGGGAGGAAAGACACGGACGAAGGACAAGUACAGAGUGGUGUACAGUGACGUACAGCGUCUGGAGCUGGAGAAGGAAUUUCAUUUCAGCCGCUACAUCACCAUCAGACGGAAGGCGGAGCUCGCCGGGGCCCUGAGCCUAUCAGAACGCCAGGUGAAGAUCUGGUUUCAAAACAGACGAGCCAAAGAAAGGAAAAUGAACAAGAAGCGACUCCAGCAGGCUCAGCUGAGCUCCACGUCCACACCGGUCAGUGUGUCCGGCCACGCCAACACCGCCAUGGUCAGCAGCACCAAUAACAGCUUGAUGACAGACAAUAUAUCGAUCAGCAUCAAAGAGGAAUACUGAAAACUCUUCCAGACAGAAGGAUAAACAGGACAUGUUUACACCGUUUCAGUGACACUGAGUGGAGCGUUCAUAUUGCACUACAUGAAAGACACGCAAACACGUUUUAUUGUGAAUAACGCGCACAGUAUUUCAAUUUUUUUU